AUGGAAAACCGAAGCAGCUAUGUCCCACCGCCUUACAUACCUUUGGCUCAAUCGGACGAAGAAAUCCCUCCUCGUCCUGUUGGGGAGGUUGAUGGCGAAUCAAGGCCGUCACCGCCGCAGUCUUAUUCCGUUCAGUGGUCUUCUGGAAUCUGCGCUUGUUUUGGUUGCAUAGGUCUUCUUUUCCCCUGCUAUUUGUUCGGAAAGAAUGCAGAGUUUCUGGGUUCUGGUACUCUAGUAGGAUCCUGCAUCACCCAUUUCAUUCUUUGGGCUCUUGCCAACACUCUUUGCUGUGUCUUAACUCAAGGCUUCUAUUUGGCCUUACCUGGAUUGGGAUGCUUUAUCUCUUGUUAUGCUUGUGGAUAUCGAAGGACACUUCGCUCCAGAUACAAUUUGCAGGAAGCACCUUGCGGGGACUUUGCAACUCACUUUUUCUGCCAUCUAUGUGCGAUUUGUCAAGAGUACAGGGAGAUUCGUGAGAGGGCGGGGGAGCCUAAACCCCCUGAUCUUAAUCUGGACGUGGUAACUGCACCAGACGUCCAGACGAUGGAAUCAUCAGGCUCUAGUACUAUUAAUUGGUAGUUUUGCUUCUGUAGUGUUAGCACUUGUUUCACUUUCAGGGUUGUACUUUAAUCUGAUUUUAGAUUGUAUGGUCACACCACUUGUUUGAUAUUUCUUGUUUUGAGCUGCAUUAGUGCAUUUAUGCAA